GAUUGCCUCCCCAUUCAUAGAACCGGGCAAAGACAGGCAAGAGAGGAGCAUCGCAUUUUCCAGGCAGCAAGACUGCCGCAGCGCUCUCCCUCUCUCUCCCUCCCUCCCCUCACCUUCUCCCUCAAAUCCUCGCACACCGGUCAAUGCAAAAGCAAGAACACCCUCUGCAAACCACCGCCAAAACCUGCAGGAGAAGCAGCACGACCCAAGAUGUUGAACCAACCUUGCCCACGUUUGCGAAAUUCACCCGUACAUUCGUGUUGCGGGAUUUAAGUGGACAGCUGCAUUUAAAACAAAACUGGUGUGGAUGAAGUGCAAAAAUGGAUGGUCUGACCCUGGCGAUAUGGAAUGUACCUACACCAUUCAGCGGUUCUGCAGUGCAACUUUUGACAGCGUUCUGGCUUAGUAAUAUUAUGCAGGUUCUGCAUUUCUGCAGCGCUGCUUCUGAAAGCCGGGGAUCGCCUCACGGUCGUGACAACAUGGGGAUAAACAAUGAUUAUUUAUUGGUGACGCCUGUUGAAAUUGGUCCUGGGGGGGAUGAGCUGUCGAGAAGCCGGCAGAAAAGAUCAGCACCUUCAGAGUCCCUGCACUACAAACUGUCUCUCCCGGGGCAAGAACUGAUCCUGGAUUUGAACCCCUCCCGUCUGCUGGCGACAGGUUUUUCGGUGUCCACUCUGGGCACGGACGGGGUCACGGAGCGAAACAUCCCCUCCUCGCAAGCUAGCUGCUUCUACCAAGGAUCUGUUAGACACCACGGCGCUUCCUUGGUGGCCCUGUCGACGUGCGAGGGCUUGUCAGGAUUCAUACGGAGCCAAGAAAAUGAAUACCUUAUAACUCCAUUACCUCAUCACCUGGCACCGAGACACAACGCCACCUCAGCCUCCGGGCACCGACCUCAUGCCCUCUACAAACGCUCGGUGGAGCAGAGACUACAACAUCACCUGGUGGGUAGAGAUCCUGGCGGCCAGAGUCACAAUCUCCAUCCUCCCCGCCACCAACAGCACAAGUCCCAGCGGCUCGAGAGAGACCAAAAGCAGCACUUCUGUGGGCGGCGAAAGAAAUACAUGCCUCAUCCUCCAGUCGAGGGUAUACACAUUCUAUCUGAUGAGUACAGCCCCAGGGGCAGGUUAAAACGCACCGCCCUGAAUUCCCGGAAAAACCAAGGUCUGACCGUGGAGACCCUGGUGGUGGCGGACAAAAAAAUGCUGGAGAAACACGGGCAAGAGAACAUCACCACUUACAUCCUGACUGUCAUGAACAUGGUGUCGAGUCUUUUCAAAGAUGGAACGAUCGGAAGUGACAUCAAGAUCAUGGUUGUGAGCCUGUUGCUCAUGGAACACGAUCCACCGGGGUUAGUGAUCAGCCACCACGCAGACCAGUCGCUCAACAGCUUCUGCCAGUGGCAAUCGAGGUUGGUGGGGAAGAAUGGCAAGAGGCACGACCAUGCCGUGCUGCUUACAGGGUUGGACAUCUGCUCCUGGAAGAACGAGCCCUGUGACACCUUGGGCUUUGCUCCGAUCAGUGGCAUGUGCAGUAAGUAUCGCAGUUGUACCAUCAACGAGGACACGGGAUUGGGCCUCGCCUUUACCAUUGCUCACGAAUCCGGACAUAACUUUGGCAUGAUUCACGAUGGAGAAGGCAACCCGUGUCGGAAAACUGAGGGGAACAUCAUGUCACCGACUCUGGCCGGGAACAAUGGGAUCUUCUCCUGGUCUGUGUGCAGUCGGCAGUAUCUCAACAGAUUCCUCAGUACAGCUCAGGCUUCUUGCUUGGUGGAUGAGCCAAAGCACCUACAUGAGUACCAGUACCCGAGCCUGCUACCUGGACAGCUCUACGAUGCCAACACACAGUGCAAGUGGCAGUUUGGACCCAAGGCCAAGCUGUGCUCCCUCGACUUUGUGAAGGAUAUUUGCAAGGCACUUUGGUGUCACAGGAGUGGUCACAGAUGUGAGACAAAGUUCAUGCCAGCUGCAGAGGGUACAAUGUGUGGAUCCAACAAGUGGUGUCGGCGAGGGCAAUGCCUGAAAUAUGGUGACAACGGUCCUAAGCCCAUUAACGGUCAAUGGUCCAGUUGGUCGGAGUGGUCAGAGUGCUCCCGGACCUGUGGUGGCGGAGUGUCGUACAGGGAGAGGCAUUGCAACGAUCCAAAGCCUCAGUACGGUGGCAAGUUCUGUCUUGGCUCCACCAGGAUCUAUCAGAUGUGCAACAUCCAGGCUUGCCAUGGCAACCGCGUUGUGUUUCGAGCUCAGCAGUGCGCCGAGUACAACAGCAAGCCCUUCAGGGGUUGGUACUACAAGUGGAAACCGUACACAAAGGUUGAUGAUCAAGAUAUUUGCAAGUUGUAUUGCAUUGCUGAAGAUUUUGACUUCUUCUUCGCCAUGUCCAACAAGGUGAAGGAUGGGACCCGUUGCGUUGAGAACAGAUUUGACGUCUGCAUUGACGGCAUUUGUGAGGCAGUGGGGUGUGACCGUGUGCUGGGGUCUAAGGCUACGGUGGAUGCUUGCGGAGUUUGCAACGGGGACAAUUCAACCUGCAAGUUCUUUCAAGGACAAUAUCUUCAGCAGCAUCGGGCGAAUGAAUACUACGCAGUAGUCACGGUCCCAGCGGGAGCUCGCAAUAUUCAUGUGCACGAGUUGGAGAUCUCCACCAGUUACCUGGCCGUGCGUGAUCUGACAGGUAAAUACCACCUGACCGGAGACUGGACCGUCGACUGGCCGGGCUCGUUUGUCUUUGGGGGAGCCCACUUUGACUACCAGCGCUCGUUCAACAGGCCAGAGAGUUUGCACUCAUCCGGACCGACUAAUGAGUCACUCGCCUUUGAAAUUCUGUUGCAAGGCAAGAAUCCAGGUAUUGCCUGGGAGUACACGUUACCAAAGGUUGCUAAUGAAAGCAAGGCAAGCGAGCAGAGGCACAACUACACCUGGGCGGUCGUGAGAUCAGGUUGCACUGCAUCAUGUGCUGGAGGUAAAAUGGUGACCACGCCCUACUGUUUGCAGGACCAUCUUACACAAGUCAACACCACCCUGUGUUCUGCACACGCAAGGCCCACGACAGGAACAAUUACCUGCAACACACAGCCAUGCCCAGCAAGCUGGUCGACGGGCAAGUGGAGCGAGUGCAGCCGGCCGUGCGGAGGAGGGGAGCAGAGCCGCCAGAUCCAGUGCUUCCGCAAGGCGGCUUUCCAGCGGGACCAGACCGUGCCCCACUCCAUGUGCCCCGUUGUGACGCCCUCCCAGGCUCAGCCCUGCAACAUCCAUGACUGCCCCCCAGAGUGGGCCGCUGGAACGUGGACACAGUGCUCCAAGACCUGUGGCCGGGGGAUGAGAAAGCGCAACGUCUACUGCAGAAGCACCAACCCCACAUCCAAACCGCACACCGUGCUGGAUAGUCUGUGCAUGCUGGACUCCAAGCCCAAGAGUCAGGAGAUCUGUGUGGUGCGGAGGUGCCCGAAGAACGACCGAUUACGAUGGAUCACGUCGGCAUGGACAGAGUGCUCAGUGUCCUGUGGUCCCGGCCUACAAAAACGGGAGCUAAAGUGCAGUGAGAAAAGUGUGUCCGGCAAGUAUGUCCCUUUCCCUCAGCGGAGAUGUCGCCAUCUGCCCAAAGCGAAGGUUGAUCCCGAACGAGCUUGUAACCUGGGCGCAUGUCCCAAUCCACCCAUGAACCAAAUCCUCAGCAAUGCGGCACCAGCCUGGUAUGCGUCACCAUGGCAACAGUGUACAGUCACGUGCGGAGGAGGAGUCCAGAUCCGCACCAUGCACUGUCUACGACAGGGGAGACCUUCAGUAGGAUGUCACGGACACCAGAAACCAGCAGUGUCGAGAGCUUGCAAUACAAUCUUCUGUCCAUCACCCAGGAAAGAUCUCAACUGUGUCGACUACUUUAGUUGGUGCCACCUGGUUCCACAACAUGGGCUCUGCAGCCACAAGUUCUACGGAAAGCAAUGCUGCAAGUCCUGCAGCAAAAUCAACCGAUAGCGACCGGCGUCUUCGCCACCACAAUCACCUUGACCUUCUCCCCUCACUCCCUUUCCCCACGGAUCACCCACCCCAACAAGAUUAUUUAUUAGCCGCUGUCAAGGAGGUUUUGUAGUCGUUCGCUCAGGGUGGUUCAGCGCAGACUUGGACAAAGGCUUAGUGGGUCUUUUUUCACCCCCCUCCUCGAAAAGAUUGACAGACUGUUGGCAUCUGGUAGGACAAGAAGGACAAACAAUGAAGACGCGUUGGUUCUACAAGACUUUGAAACUUUGAAAAGUGUUUGCCAGCCAGCCUUGCUCUUGUUGAUGGAAAAUUAUCCUGCUGGAUAAAUUUAAUCCUGGUCAGCGUGGAGAAUCUAGGUAUAUAAAUAUAUAUAUAAAUUGUCGAUUUUUUUGUUUGUAAGAAGUAUUAACAGUUUGUGUGGUCUGCAUUUGAUUGUUUUCAUAUGUUUACACCUCUGUGUGUGUGUGUGUCUGUAUGUGUGUGAGUGUAGGGAUAUUAUAUUAAAACAGUGCCCUUUAACUGCUAUUGCUUCACGAGAGAACAAGGACAAUGCACUUACCGAUGGAAGGAGUAUGAUUGUCUAUGUUAGAAUAUCAAGCGCAGCGUUUAAGACUUUGUGGUGCUAAUAUCCAGCCGGACAUUUAGUCAGGCAGUAACAAA